CAAAGGGCAGGGCAAGGGGCAGCAGAGUAUAAAUCCCAUAGGGGUGAGAUGUAGCUCCUCACUGGACUGAAAGAUGCUCUCACUGCUCAAUAUGGGACCCCAGAGAUAUUCAGUGCUGCUGUACCUCAUCUUUAUGUCAGCUUCAGUGUACGGUGAUAUUAGCAUCAUUCCCUCAACUGGGGAGAUAUUUUUAGGAGCCACAAAGAGUUUAUUAUGCAAAGUGCCCAGUGGAAAGGAAGCAGCUCUAAAAUGGACGACAUCCGACGAUGAGGAUAUUGAAGAUGAGGAAGGACGUUACAAGGUUAAUAAAAUUGAUGAGAGCAUAUUGGGCCUAUCUGUUAUAGCAUCUCAGUGGGAGCCUGACAGAGUAAUCAAGUGUCUAGGGGAAUACGAAUCGGGAGAGACCGUGCAAGCGCAAAUCAUGCUAAAGAUUAUUGAAAAGCCACAAUUUGUUGGAAAGCUAGAAAGAGAACAGACAGUUAUGGCAGGAUCAUCAGUUCAGCUGCCAUGUUCAGCUAAGGGUAUUCCAGCUCCUGCAAUUUCAUGGAUACACAAUGGAGUAACGGUGCCCAGCUCCCAAGGUCACCUUUUUGUCACCCCAGAAGGGACAUUGACACUAGAUAAAAUCACCCUGUCAGAUGCAGGUGUGUAUAGCUGUCGCGCAUCUAUUGAAAGCCGUAAUGAGGAGGAAUAUAAGAAUGUGACCAUUACUGUCAAUGCUGCUCCAGUUAUACCAGACCAGGAAUCUCGUAUAAAUGCUACAGUGAAAUCAGCUGUCUCUCUAAGCUGCUCUGUGACAGGACAUCCCCGGCCUGCGAUCUCCUGGAAGAGGGGAGAAGAAGCAAUCUCACAUGAUGAACAGAAGUACAUUCUCAGUGACGAUGGCCAAAAGCUGUUAAUUAAUCAGCUGGACAAGUCUGAUGAAGGAGAAUAUACCUGCAAUGCCAACAACCUCUUUGGAGACAGCAGCUUUACAUUAUUUGUACAAGUAGAAGACGCUGCUCAGUCAUUGGGUAAAGGAGUAGUGGUUGGGAUCGUCCUUCUCAUCCUAUUGCUGGUUCUGCUAUUGGUUGAUCUGACUUGUUAUCGUACUAAACGUCGCGGCUUUCUCAUGUGUAUAGCCACAAACCUGCUGGGCAAGCAAACGCCUGGUGUCAAAUUAGAGGACGAAGAUAUCAAGAAGACUUCUGUUGACAAGAGUCAAGUGGUAAACAUCUCAGGCAUAGAGGCCUGACCCCUUCAAGACACUGACAACAAUACAGAUGUGAAGAGGCUCUGCAGGGGCGGGAAGUAAAGACUUUGCAUAUGAUAACAGCAGUUGCAUUGAACAUCUGAACCUUGCUUACUGUAGCUUUACACAUAUAGAGCGCCAUGGCCAAGGGAACUGAUCAUCAUCCUACACUAUAGAGGCCCUUUGUGAUGCCUAUAAGGAUCUCUUCAUAGUUAAACUUUCUACAGUCGCUAAAUUAUUUAAGUUUAUUUGUUUUAAAAUACUUGUGUAUUCAUUCAAAUAAUUUGAAGCAGCUAAUAGAACACAGUGACUUUCUUUAAAGGGACAUUCAAGACAAAAGAACUAUGUAAAUAUGCUUAGAUCAUUAUCCUUUGAGAAUAUAUAGUAUUUUUUCCAAUUAUUAUGUAUCAUUUUAAUAAAUUUAAAAAAAAUAUCCCAGUGCCCAAGCAAGAAAAUCCAGUUCAAACUUGUAUGUUGGCCGCACAAUGUCCUUUGAACAUAAACUAUUUGUCUGAAUGUUGCCUUUCAUUAGCUCGUCCCAGUGCAUUAGAGAUUAAGAUAGUGGCUAUUUAUUUGUAGCAAACCCAACAUGGAUCACAGUUUUCAUACUGACAUUCGCUUGCAUAUGCUAAUUGCUGUAAAAUAAUACUUCAGCUUCAGACUGCAGUGUCUGAUUGACCUUGACAUUGUUUUAAAAAUGUUUGUUUUAUUUAUCAUUUAUUUUUAUUUUUCUGCAUUAUUUUGUGUUACCAGCGCUGUUGAUGCCACCAUUUUGUUAUCAGCCAAAAAACAGGGGACACUGUAUUAGGGAUUUGUUUUCAGUGUUUUUUAUUUAAUUAUUUUUUAGGAAUUUAGCUUUACUUUGUUAUGUUUUCUUAUGGGGUAAAUAUGAAAAUUUGUAGUUAUCUUUUGGUGCAUUAAUACAUUUCUUAAAAAAAUA